AUGGGUCAGGGCUGUUUGGGCACCAAAAGGAGGACCAUCAUGAUAUCAGGUGCCAGCUCUGUCAUGGAUGGGUGUGAGGACACACAGGAGAGACCCUCUCCCUCCAAAAUAACCCUGUAUGGGGAAGAUGACAGUGAAACCAAAACUCAGAGAGUUCAGGAGAGUGUUCAGGUCCCCAGUGGUCAGUCUUCUCUGGACUCUAUAUUUAUGCUGAUUGAGGAGAACAUUUUCAGUGUUGUGAAGACUGAGCUGAAGAAGUUCCAGCAUCUUCUGAGUUUAGAUCAGGAGUCCUUCAAGAACCAAAGACGGGAUGAGGAGGUGGACAGUGAGGAGAACGAGCAGAAGAGGAGCAUCAGAGAGGCACUCCUGAAGUUCACCCUGCACUGCAUGAGGACAAUAAAACAGGAAGAUCUGGCUGACCUUCUGCAGAGCAGAUCUUUUUCUGGAAUCUGCCAACAAAAAGUCAAAUCAAACCUAAAGAAAAUGUUCCAGUGUGUGUUUGAGGGCAUCGCUAAAGCAGGAAACCCCACCCUUCUGAAUCAGAUCUACACAGAGCUCUACAUCACAGAGGGAGGGGCUGGAGGGGUCAAUGAUGAACAUGAGGUCAUACAGAUUGAAUCCAGGAAACCAGCAGAUCUCAACAAAUCUAUCAAGUGUGAAAACAUCUUCAAAUCCUCAUCCAGCAGUGAUCAACCAAUCAGAACAGUGCUGACAAAGGGAGUUGCUGGCAUUGGGAAAACAGUCUUAACUCAGAAGUUCAGUCUGGACUGGGCUGAAGACAAAGCCAACCAGGACAUCCAGUUCAUGUUUCCAUUCACUUUCAGAGAGCUGAAUGUGCUGAAAGAGGAAAAGUUCAGCUUGGUGGAACUUGUUCAUCACUUCUUCACGGAAACCAAAGAAGCAGGAAUCUGCAGCUUUGAAGAAUUCCAGGUUGUGUUGAUCUUUGAUGGUCUGGAUGAGUGUCGACUUCCUCUGGACUUCCACAACACCGAGAUCCUGACUGAUGUUACAGAGUCCACCUCAGUGGAUGUGCUGCUGAUAAACCUCAUCAGGGGGAACCUGCUUCCCUCUGCUCACAUCUGGAUAACCACACGACCUGCAGCAGCCAAUCAGAUCCCUGCUCGGUGUGUUGACAUGGUGACAGAGGUCAGA